GGGCGCGGCCAGGGCCGGAACAUGGCGGCGCCCUCGGCCCCGCGGCCGCCCCGGCCCCGCAAGGAGCCGCAGCCGCUCGUCAUCCCCAGGAGCGCGGCCGAGGAGCAGCGCCUCCGCCUCGAGCGCCUCAUGAGGAACCCGGAAAAGACUGUGCCAAUUCCUGAAAAACUGAAUGAAUGGGCACCACGACCUCCCCCGGAGUUCGUUAGAGAUGUCAUGGGUUCCAGUGCUGGGGCUGGGAGCGGGGAGUUCCACGUGUACCGGCAUCUCCGUCGGCGAGAGUACCAGAGGCAAGAUUUCAUGGAUGCCAUGGCUGAGAAGCAAAGACUAGAUGAGGAAUUCCAGAAGAAACUGGAGAGGAAUAAGAUGAUUGCAGAAGAGCAAACAGCAAAACGCAGAAGGAAGCGGCAGAAGUUAAAAGAGAAGAAACUGCAAGCUAAGAAAAAUAAACUUGAACAAAAGAAGCAGGAAAAAGAACCUGGGCAAUCCCAAGAGCAAGGCAGCAGCGAGGAUGACGAAGAGGAUAGCAAGGAGGAGGAAGAGAAGGAAGAUGAUGCUGAAGAGCCAAGUUUUGUGAUGGGAAGAGGAUGAGGCCUUCCAGGGACAGCUGGAAACACUGUUCAUUGCUUUAUAUUCAGGAGCAUGAAAGUCUUUCAUCUCAGCCAAGCAGAACCCAUUGGCGUACGUUACAUCUGCUUAACGGGCAUGGCCUUCACGUCACAGGCCUGAGAGAAAAUGAUAGAGAAAUGCCAAAUAAGAGAUUUUUUCUUAAUUGCUUGUAUAACUGCUGUGCAGUCUGCUCUAAGUUUGCUCUAAAGAGUCAGCCAUAAGUCUCUAUGACCCUAGAGUUCUUUCUAAAAUGGCCCAGAGAGUUUUUCUGUCUGAAAGCUAAAACAUAACUAUUACCAUUUAAGGGAAAUAUUACUGUGAAGGCUACGUAUUCUACUUAUCUUGAAGCUGGUAGCAGUGGGAUACAUGAAUCUAGGGGAAGCGCUUAACCUGAAGUAGAAAAGUGGUCUGUAGCCAGACUCUCCUGCACUGUGAGUGUUCUGCAUUUGGGGUUUUGUAUGGGGUCAUCUCUAACCCAAAGAAAUCCGUUUAUGUUGCUAGACAAGUUCUAUAGAUUUUUAAUCUGGAUCCCUUUUUUAAUGCUAAAACUUUCCCUAUUGCUUUUCUUCCAUGUUUUCUAAAUUAAUAAAAGGGAUGUGUUGGA